GAUGAAGCUCUUCGCACUUGCGGGGUCGUUGCUGACUCUGAACUUUUUGCAAUGCACAAUUUGCAAGGAGUUACUAAAUUCGCAGCCCCAACUGUCGUCCAGUCGAAUGCCAAGCAGGCUCCAGUAGACAUGCCGACUAAAGAAGUAAGGGAGACAACGAUAGAUAUAGUGCCAAAAAUUGUUAGUGAUGAAUUAGAGGGAAUGUCUCCCCUUUGGCUUCCUUCUGAUACUUUUCCCAUGCAUACCGACGAUCCCUUCGUCCUCGGCAUCCCUAUCAUCCAUCUCCGUAGGGCCAAAUUUGGGGAACCUGACAAGAGACUUAGUGCUAGCGAAGGGUCUCUGAGAAGGCACCAAUCAGGGCUCGGCG